UACACAAACACAACAGAUGUAGCGACGCUAACAGGGUCUCUGAGCAGAUUAAACGCUUUUCUAGCUUUGGUGAUGGCCAAGGGAGACAAAAAGAAAAAGUUGAACAGAACUACAGCAGAAGUAUCGCUCACUGAAGUCACAGAGGAUAUAUCUACAUCCGGUCAAGCUUUAGAUCCUCCAGCUGAGCAAGAACAUCACACUGUAAUAACCCAGCCUGCAGAAGAACCAGAAAAUACUGAGGAACCUGAGAUCCUUCACAUCCCUGUCCUCUCCAACAUCAUUGUUCAGAGAUAUGAAGGUGAAAGGUGUGGAGAAGUCUUCAAUGGAGAAGGUGUUGCCUACUUCGAGGGAGGACAUGUUUACAAGGGAAGUUUUGCAGAUGGUUUCAUGCAGGGUCAUGGAGAGUACACAUGGCUGGAUGGUCUAAAGUAUGAGGGAGAGUUUGCAUUAAAUGCUCCCAUGGGACACGGGGUGUACACCUUUUUAGAUGGCAGCACUUAUGAGGGAGAAGUAUAUAAUAGUCUUCGUCAUGGUACGGGAACUUACAAAUGUGCCAAAACCUCCACUAUAUACAGAGGGCAGUGGCACCAAGGCAAAAGGCAUGGAAAGGGGACAAUAUAUUACAAUCCAGAUGUCACAUCCUGGUAUGAUGGUGAUUGGAAAGACAAUCAAAUAGAGGGAACCGGAAUUCGCUGUUAUCCAUCUGGAAACAUCUAUCAAGGUCAAUGGAAGAACAAUGUCAGACAUGGGGAAGGAACAAUGAAAUGGAUUCAGUUGGGUCAGCAGUACAGUGGACAGUGGGUAAAUGGUGUCCAGCAUGGGCAUGGGACUCAUACAUGGUUCCUGAGGCGAGUCCCUGGCUCUCAGUACCCUUUGAGGAAUGAGUAUAAAGGAGAAUUUGAUCAAGGGCUGCGUCACGGACAGGGAACUUUUUUCUAUGCAAGUGGGGCAGUUUACUCUGGAUCUUGGAAACACAACAGAAAGCAUGGGCAGGGAAAGUUUGUGUUCAAGAACGGUUGCUCAUAUGAGGGAGCAUUUAUUGAUGAUCGCAUGGCUGAUUUGGGAGCAUUCUCAUGUGAUGGUGCAAACUCGGGACCUGAUCUCAGUCCCAUGAAAACUUGCUCACCACCUCCUCUAAACAGUGACUUACCCAAAAAAAGGGAAAACUACAGUAGCACCUCACUACUUGGAGAGGACAUAACUUUAGACAUAGGGAUUUUGUUCAACCAAAUGUCCAAAGUGCAAAGAGACCAGGAGCUUAGACAGGUUGAAUUUACCUUACUGAGACAUGUUACUUUGCUGAGGACGUUGUACAGUCUGUACAGCCGCCUGGGGCAGGAUCCUUCUCCAGACAACACUUUCCUGCUCAGUCGCCUGCAGUUCUGGCGCUUUCUUAAAGACUCUAACAUCCACCUGCAUGGAAUUACCCUGGCACAGAUGGACCGCCUUAUCGAUGAAGAUAUUUCUCCAGAUGAGGUUCAUUCACCUUUUGGUACAAUAUUACUAAGGAAGUGGAUUAGUUAUAUUGUUAUAGUAGCAUACCAUAUUUACCACAGAGACUUUGAGUCUUCAAACAGUGUAGUUGCAGACUGCUUUACCAAGCUCAUGACGCAUAUAAUUCCCAACGGCAAGAAUGUAAAAGGGCCUCUUUUCUGCCACCCUUGCCGUGCUGUGAUUGGCAGGAACUAUAUUGACAGAUGUUGGGAGAUAUACCAGGCCUUCUCAAAAGCAAAUUCAGCUGCCUUCUCUGAUAAAACUAUGACUGCCCGGCAGUUUAUUUGGAUGUUAAAGGAUUUUGGUCUGUUGGACUGUAAAUUAACCUCAGCAAGAGUCCUGGAGAUCCUCUCUCUAGAGAACCCUGUGAUCUACAAUCCCACUCACAGUAACCUGGAUCUGGAGAUCACUUUUCUUGAGUUCUUUGAGGCUCUGCUGGGUUGUGCAGAGGUGAAGAAAACACAUCUAGUGAAAACUGCUGAACACAGCCAGAGCGAGCUGAGUGACCCAGAUGAAACCAUAAGGACAUCAACAAAUGAAAUGAAAGCCAGUCCUUUUCCUAGCCAGUUAGCAUCACCUCAGUAUGAAUCAGUAGUGGAGUCUCUGAACUCAUUCUCGUCUUCUGCUACAAGUGUGAAAUCCCUUGAGGCUGUCAAAUCUAAAGACACAACAUUGUCAGCACCAACUGAGGAACUUCAGAAAAGUUCUGAAGAUAUGGGAAAUGAUCAAGCUGGGUGCAAGAUGGAGUUAAAUAAAGAUACUAUAGACUGUGCAUACGUCACAGAAGUGAGCCAACAGCCCAUAAACACAGAAGUAGCUGGAGUUGCUGGGCCUGAAGGGGAGCUUGAAGACUGGAUUCACACCAUUCACCAGUUCUUCAUACAUACAUUCUUUCCUGCAUAUGAACAAAACCUGCUGCUGAAAGACGAGAUGCAGGAUGAACAGCUAAGGCAGAUCACAAAAAAUAGAAUUGCUCUGGAAAAGGCCAAGGAGGAUGCCAGACUGAGAGAGCAGCAGGAGGCAGAGAAUAAAGAAACAUUCAAGGAAGACAGUUUGGAAGCAGAAAGGAACGUUGAUAUUCCAGAUUGUGAAUCGAGUCAUUCACCCCCUGCUCUCACCAGCUCUGUGACCUCCACAUCCUCUGUGGCUCAGACACAGUCAGCCACCAAGAAAAAGCAAGAAAAGCAGAGCAAGAAGAAGAAAAAAUAACAGUGAAAUGUCCCCAAAAAAUCCAAAUCAGACACGUUUGUUUUAAUAGGUUAUCAAAAUUUAUACUCAGCAAGCUAUACAUACAUCAAGUAACCACAUGCAUUUAACAGCAGUCUAACUGUUAAAAGCACAAUUAAGAGUAAAUAAAACCAUACACAAAUA